UGUUGUUUACUAACCGUUAUAUUUCGAAGAAGAAAUAGGUGGAACUGUUACGUUAGUGGCAGGAGUCAGCUUACUGACCGUUACAUCAGGGAGUGUCAACGAUUUUGUCACCAAAACAGGAGACACCAUGGAAUGUUGAUGUAUUAACAAAACCCCCAAAAUGAAUAAACCAAAAAUGGCCACAGAGAAAGGUGUUCCCAGUAACUCCAGGGUCCUUACGCUGCUGGCUCAACUGGAGAGGAUGACUGGAAAUGCUGUGGUGAGAGAUACUGAAACAGCACGACAAGUCACUGCAAAGAUACUUCAUCUCAUACAGACUCAGGAGAAGAGUGGAAAAGAGGUGAUGUCUAAAGGCUCCAGUGGCAUGGAUAUCAUCCUGGCUUCACUGAAGAACACUCAGGAUGUCCAGACCACUCAAAACAUUCUCUGCAUUCUCACUGAGUUACUGACUGUGGGCAAGGGUCGUAGAGUGGGAGUAUUUGUAUCCAAAGGAGGAACAGGCAUUUUAUUCCAGAUUCUGAUCAACUACAGUAAGCAGUUGCCCCUCAGUGAAGAACUCAUGAUGCAGCUUCAUUCAUUACUUGCCAAGAUCGGCUCAAAAGAUAGAAAGUUUGGAGUGAAGGCGCGUUUAAGUGGUGCUAUGAAUGUCACAGUCAGUUUGAUGAAACACAGCUUCCACAAUUUCAAACUCCUCCCCUGCCUGCAGGUUCUCAGGGUUUACUCGAGUAACUUGGCAAAUUGCAUUUCCUUGGGCAAGAAUGGUGUGGUAGAACUUAUUUUCAAGAUUAUUACACCAUAUAACAAGAAGAACGCCAGCUUAAUCAAGGUAGCCCUGGAUGCACUUGGAACACUUCUUAAAUCUAAAACAAAUGCUCGCUGUGCAGUGGAUGGUGAAUUCGUGCAAGUCUUGUUAUCACUGUAUCUGGAUUGGCAUCACAAUGACACUCGUCAUCGUUACACCUUGAUUCGCAAAGGGCUGCUUAUUUGCCUUAGAAACAUCACCAACAUCAAGCUUGGCAGAAAGGCAUUUAUAGAUGCCAAUGGCAUGAAGAUACUUUACAACUCCUCCACUGAAUGUCUUCCAGUUCGGACUCUGGAUCCUCUAGUCAAUACUUCAACGCUCAUCAUGAGGAAGUGCUUUCCUAAGAACCGUCUGCCUUUGUCCACUAUAAAAUCUUCCUUCCAUUACCAGCUGCCUUAUGUGCCUGCUGCAGGGCCUGUGGCACAGUUGCAGAAUCUGCAGCCCGGAGUGGAUGAUGUAGUGGAUGUAAGCGAUGAUAAUGAGGAAACAGAUGCAGACACAGAGAAUGAUACUGAAGAGGAAGAAAAGGACCUUCACACGAUGAAUGAUGACAUAGAGAAAGACCUGAACAAGCUGUAUCCCACACAAAGCCUUUGCUGUUCAUUUGAGGAUUUGAUGGUCUAUGAAAGGUUCUUCCUGGAACUGUCAGAAGACUUUCAGGUGUAUAACUUUGAGAGCUCUAAGGCCGCAUCUACUACAUCGUCAUUGUACUUCCCAGCAUCAGCCUCAGCUCAGCCAAUCAUAGUGCCCACAGUUCAAGCCCUGUCCCCAAAGCAUGUCCCUAUACUCUUUACACAGCGUGAUUUCAGCCAUACCAAAGAGCAGUGCACCCAGCCUCCUCCCUCCUCCACUUCACCUCUCUCUACUCCUCUGCCACCUCUAGACCUGGGAAAUAUUCACCUCAACAAGGACCAAGACACAAAAGAACACCACAUUCCUCCCUUAGAUCAAUGUAUGUCCUCCCACAGCAGAAAUAUGGAACAGGAACUAGCACACGUGUUGCAGUGUGUCUCUCUAGAAGAGGAGGACCCUCUGAAUGCAGACAAAGCAGAAAGAGAAGUUAAACAAGAAAGAGCUCCAGUCACAGCUGCAAGACACAUACAGUCUCCUCUCCUCUUGGGGAGCAUUGGUACAUGCCGUUUUGGAGGAGGAGGUGGCAGUGCACGGGGUUCAGACUGUGGUUCAGAGGGCGGUGAAGAUGAGGGAGGGGAAGGAACCUUUCUGGAGGUACCAGACACAGCCCUACUUCUCCCGUUGCAUGACCCUGACCUCUAUGUGGAGAUGGUGAAGGGAACUCAUUCAGUACCACAGUAUGCUGAAGUGGCUUACCCAGACUACUUUGGCCAUGUAGCACCAACAUUUAGUGAGCCCCUUCUCGAGAGGGUUUAUGGUGUACAGAGGUCUAAGAUAUUCCAGGAUAUCGAGAGAUUAAUUCAUCCCAAUGAUGUUUUGGACAAAGUAGUUUAUGACCUGGACAUACCCAACUGCCCUGUAAUCAAAGACGAUGGCGAGUCUCUAAAGUUCAAUUCUCAGUUUGAGUCUGGCAACCUCAGGAAGGCAGUUCAAGUCAGGAAGUAUGAGUAUGACCUUCUCCUAAACUCAGACAUCAACAGUAAUCACUACCACCAAUGGUUCUACUUUGAGGUGAGCGGUAUGCGUACUGGAACUACCUACCGCUUCAACAUGAUCAACUGUGAGAAGUCCAACAGCCAAUUCAACUACGGCAUGCAAGUGCUGAUGUACUCUGUGCAGGAGGCGAUCAAUGGCAGACCUCACUGGGUCAGAACUGGAACAGAUAUAUGUUACUACAAGAACCACUUUGCUCGGAGUUCCAUGGCAACUGGCGGUCAGAAGGGGAAGUCUUAUUAUACACUGACUUUCAGCACGAACUUCAGCCAUAAGGAUGAUGUCUGCUACUUUGCAUAUCACUACCCAUAUACGUACUCUACUCUUAAGAUGCACCUGUCUAAACUGGAGACAUUAAGAACUCCUCAAAUCUACCUGAGACAAGAUGUCCUGUGUAAAUCCCUUGGUGGAAAUGACUGUCCCCUACUUACCAUCACCGCCAUGCCAGAGUCCAACUCCAAUGAUUACGUCUGUCAGUUCCGAAAUCGUCCAUUGAUCUUCCUGUCUGCCAGAGUGCACCCUGGAGAGACCAAUGCCAGCUGGGUUAUGAAGGGCACGCUGGAAUUCUUGAUGAGCACCAGCCCACUGGCAAGCAGCCUUAGAGAGGCUUACAUCUUCAAAAUAGUUCCCAUGCUCAAUCCUGAUGGAGUUAUUAAUGGGAAUCAUCGCUGUUCUCUGAGUGGAGAGGAUUUGAACCGCCAGUGGCAGAAUCCCAGUCCUGAGCUCCACCCCACCAUCCACCACACAAAGAGACUGCUGCAGUACCUUGCACAUAUACAGAGGACACCACUGGUGUUCUGUGACUACCACGGCCAUUCAAGAAAGAAGAAUGUGUUCAUGUAUGGCUGCAGUCUGAAGGAAACAGUCUGGCAGUCGAAUAUCAGCGCAACAUCAAGUGAUUUACAGGAGGACCUUGCAUACAGGGCCCUCCCUAAGGUCUUGUCCCAGAUUGCUCCGGCCUUCAGCAUGGCCAGCUGCAGUUUCGUUGUCGAGCGCUCAAAAGAAUCAACUGCACGUGUAGUUGUAUGGAGAGAGAUUGGUGUGCACCGUAGCUACACAAUGGAGAGCACACUCUGUGGCUGUGACCAGGGCAAAUAUAAGGGUCUUCAGAUUGGCACCAGAGAGCUUGAGGAGAUGGGAGCCCAUUUCUGUGUGGCACUCUUAAGACUGAAGAGGCUGACAGGUCUCCACAACCACCAAAACCUGCUGGAUUUGGAGAGCGAUCUCAUGGGUUCUCAUUCAAAAGUGAUCAGCUGCCCCACCACGUAUGUGAUGGAGGAGGAUGAGCCGGCCUUUUUGGAGGUGAUAGACUACAGCGCAGAGAGCAAUGAUGAGGAUGCUGAACCUGAAAACGACUCAGGCAGUGGACUCCAUGAGACUCCUGAACACCAUGACCUGGUAUCAGACCACGAAUGUUACAAGGACCAAGCUUAAGCCAAAAUGUAGUUCAUUUAGUAACGUGGCUGAUGGGUUUAUCUCCACAUCUGUCAGUCUAGCCAUAUGCAGGCCCAUAAAUGUUUUGCCAUUGACAAAGGUCUUACUUUUGCAGUCUAAGACAACAUAUUUACAUAAAAAUCAUCCAAUCCAUAUUUACAUCCAAAUCGAGAACAAUGGAGGAAGUAUAGUACUUUUUAAGGACUAGAAAUAAUUAGUUCACUCAUUCAUUCACUUUCUAAAUUACUGUAGUUCCUCAAUAGUCUCCCCAUUUGGAUGCAAAUAGCCUUAAAUGGAAGCUCAAAUGUAUAUUUUAUUUGCUUGAAAGACUCAUGCACUGUGGGAAAAGAACUUUGUCAGUGUCCAAAUAUUUAUGAAACCAGCAGUAACUAGCCAACAAGAUCAAUAUUUGAUGGUAAAUUUGGAGUCUAUGCUAGUCAGCCUGUCUGGAAUAGAGUUGUACCGUCACAGUGAACCAUUUAUACAUAGACUUUAUGACUGUAUGCUGUUCAGAACCACUUAGCAUCAGAAUUUCACAAGUGAUGGAUAUUUGUCUUUAUUAAUGGUCACAAAUACUUUCUCCCCCACAUGAAGUAAUCUUGUUUUCCCACUGGCCUAAUAGUGUUACACCCUGCCUCCCUUCAGAACGGCCAGCAUAAGUCCUCAGAGUCACAGUGGAAAUUCACAGAGUCACAGGAAUGACAAAAGUGAGAAAUGUAUCCCAUGACCUCAGACACCACGUAGCCUCAGGCAAGGUCUGUGACAUGAACCUUUGUCCGCACUCUCAUUUUUCACAGCUGAUCCUCACUCUGCUUUAAUGGGCUGUGAUUGUGUAAUAUAGUGGCAGCUGCACUAACAGAUUUUGUUCCCCAUGAGUCUUUGGACCUCAUGUGGAAUCAGUUUGGCCAUCCUGAACGUGUGUUAGAGAAACUAGCAUUUGCGCAACAGAACAA